AUGCUCCUCUGUCUCCUUCUGCCUCUCAUCUUGAUUCUCUCCCUUCUUCUUCUUCUUUUUCUUCUUCUUCCUCCUCCUUCUCCUCCUUUUCCUACUCCCCUUUACUGUCUCCUAGCCUGCCCCUCUAGCUCCGCCUACGCCCACUUCCACUACCCUCACCCAACCCCAUCUUCUCCCUACUACUACUACCACUACUCUCUCCACACUCCACACUCCCCAUCCACUACCGAAUCCAACACCACCAUCUUCUCCCCUUCCUCCCCACCACCCAAUUCGCUCCAUCUCAUCAAGACCACACUCCCACCACAAUCAUCAGUCCUCCCCCUUCUCCCAAUCCACCCCACUUCACAUCACCUUGCCUCGCGUCGUCUCGCC